AUGGACAAAAUGGCGAAACACAUCUACACGCUUGAUGGGGGAAAGAUUACCGAGCUGGAGAGAAUGGGCUUUAGAAACUUCGACUUUUUAUCAUGCGAAGAUAAUGAAGAAAAGGAGGAAGAAGGAGGGACAGAAAAAAAGGAAAUGAUGAUGCAAAUUUUAGAAAAUAUUCAUUUAAGCUAUUUUUUGGCAGGAAGUGAUAUAAUAUGUACAAACACAUUUCAAGUUAAUUUACAUAGUUUAAGGAAAAAAAAUAUAAGUAUAGAAAAGGGAGAAGAAAUAUUAAACACAUAUAUAGAUAUAGCAUAUAACAGUGCUGAGAAAUAUAAAGAAAUAAAAAGAAAAAAAGGUAAUUUGUGGGAAAAUAGGAAACAAAAUGAUUCUAUAUAUGAACAUUUAGAAAAUUUUCACAACAUCAGAAAGGACUUAAAUAAUGUACAUAGCACAGAUAUAUUCAAUGUUGAGGAAUAUUUAAGUGAACUACAGUUAAAUGAUACACAAAAUGAAUGGAAGUGGGCAAAAACUAAAUUAGAAAGAGGUCCAAAAAGUUGCUGUGUUGCUUUUUCAAAUGGAAGCUAUAGCUCUGCUUUUUGUGAUUUUAGUGAAUAUUCUGGUGUGUUUCAUAAAAAUAGAAGAAAAAAGGAAAAAAGGGAAAAUUUAGCAAUUCAUGGAAAGGUCAUUACAGGUAACAAAUUGGCUAGCUUAAAAUAUGAUGAGACGGGUAAAAACAAAACGGACGAUUUUACAAAAAUGUUAAAUAAACAAAUAAAACAUUUCGAUAUAAAAUUAAAUAUUCUAAGUGAGUAUACUACUCGGAAUAUGACUAAACGAAGUAGCGUAGAAUUUAUUCCUAUAGCUAGAAGGUAUGAUAAAAAAAGAUGUAACAUGGUAGCUAGUCCAAAAUUAUUUAAUUAUGGAUUAGAGUAUUAUAUAGACGUAUCUGAUGAAGAAAUUGCAUCCAAUUGUAAAUUCAAAUUACAAUGCUUUUGUAGAAAUACCAAUAAAUUAAAUUUCUUUUCACUAACCACUUUUUCUAAUAUAAGAGAAGUAUUAACCUUUUACAAUUAUAUAAAAUAUUAUGCUUCCAAUUUUAAAAAUAAUGUAAUCAUUAAUUUUUAUUGUAACAGUUCGAAGUUUAUUGGAUGCUCCGAUUACUCUUUUUUCGACAUUGUGUCGAUAUUGUUAUAUUUAGAUUCUUAUAACAAAUUCAUAAACGCUAUAGGUAUCAAUUGUGUAAAUAUAGAAAAUGUGUAUGAUUUAUUUUUUCCUUUUAAAAAAUAUACUUGUCCCUAUAUAAACAUUAACGAGGAUUCAUAUAAAAGUCAAAAUUCGCAAAUAAAUUCUAUUGUUAAAACUGCUUUGAGGAGUCUAAAAAAAAAUAGGUAUAUUCAAGACGUAAAUUUUUUUUGCUCUCCUAACAAGUCCCUACAAAGGGUAUCCUUUGACAACAGCACUAAUGAAGUUACAUUUCAUACCUUACCAAACAAGACGGACCACGUGUACAACUACGUGGAUAAGUGGAUGGAGGUUGGAAUAAACGGCUUUGGAGGCUGCUGCUACUACAACCCCUACGAUGUUUCCCUUAUUGAUUACAAGUUAGGGCGCCUGUGUCGAUAA